AUGCCGUCUUGGGCGCCGCUCACCGAAGAGCAGCUAGAAGUGCGUCGCAUAGUUGAUGUCAAUGCCGAGACAGUCACCAACACCGCUUCCACCGACAUACCCGGCCACUACGGCCCCAAGCAGGACGAUGAUUGGGACCUCGAGCGAUUCAAGCAGAACCUCAAAGUCGACUUCCACCACAACAAACCCUUCGACAGCGCAUUCUCACUGCUUGGCGUCGACUCCAGCAUAGCGAAUGCCUACCGACGCAUACUGCUUGCCGAACUACCCACGCUCUCCAUCGAGGAUGUCUACUUCUUCGACAACACCAGCAUCAUCCAGGACGAAGUACUCGCACACAGGUUAGGCCUCAUACCACUCACCGGCGGUCGUCAAGGCUUGAGAGAAAUGCGAUGGUUCAAGAAGCCUCCACCAAAGGACGACUUUGCAGCACGAGCACAGUGGGACCAGGAGCGGGCAGAGGGCAAAGUCAACACAGACAAUGACGCGCCAAACGAUUACAACACAGUAGUGCUCUCAUUACAAGUCGAGUGCCGGUGGAAGACUAUGGCUGAGGAUGGUGUAGAUGGGAAGCAGCUUGCAAAAGAUGGCGAGACAGAUCCGAAGGAGAAGUACGUCAACAGCAACGUUUACGCCCAUCAGAUCCAGUUUGAGCCGCAGGGCGAGCGCCAAGUCAAUUGGUUCAGUGGGGACGAGAUCAUCAGGCCAGUCAACCCAGACAUUUUGAUCGCGAAGCUUCGACCCGGCCAGCGGAUCAAUGUGCGCAUGCACGCUAUCAAGGGCAUUGGCGCUGAUCACGCCAAGUUUUCGCCCGUCGCAACAGCCUCCUACCGACUUCUCCCAGACAUCAAGAUCACACAGCCAAUCCUGGGCAAGGAUGCGAAAGCGUUCCAACAUUGCUUUCCUCGAGGAGUGAUCAAGCUGGAGGACGACCCGGAGUCCGGCGAGAAGAAGGCGGCGGUGGACGAUCCGUUCAAGGACACCGUCAGCAGAGAAGUGCUGCGACACGACGAGUUCAAAGGCAAGGUCAAGCUUGGGCGGAUACGAGAUCACUUCAUCUUCAGCGUGGAGAGUGCUGGCCAGUUCGAGAGCGACGAGCUAUUCAUCGACAGCGUGAGGUUGUUGAAGAAGAAGGCGAACACUUUCAAGGGUUUCAUGGAUAGGCUGGAGAUAGGCAAGGGACGCGAUGAUAGCGCGAUGAUACUUCCGAUAGAGCGGAGUUUUGGUAUGUAUGCUAGGAGGACACAAAGGUCAAGAAGCAACAAGUCUGUCACCAAUCAAGAGGAAGAGGAAGAGGCAGAGUUCGGAGAAAGCCCUUGCCAGCGGGGGUCCGAGCCAGGCACGAUCACCAGGAGGAGCCACAUGCAGCAGCAUCUGGAGAGUGCUGUCGCAAGAUUUUAA